GAGACAGGCUGAUCGAGGAGGAAGCUCCGAGGAGGAGUACCUAAGUAGACGAGCUAGGGCCGGCAGGACCUCAGAAAAGUUGUCAGGGCGCAACUUUGGUUCUUUCAAGGGUGCUUUGAAUCCGACUAGCGAAUAUGGCGUCGUUUCAGGUGUUUGUAAAGAAUCUGCAAGGGGAGAGCAAGUGUCUGAGAGUUGGGACGCCUUCCGUGACGGGCAGGGAGCUCGUUGGUCUUGUCGAGGAUGCUGAAGGCAUCCCCUCAGUUUUCACUCGCCUUGUGACUGGGACUAGCCAGCUGGACGAUGACAGCAUCCUGUCCGCGGACGACCGUGGCUUGUUUCCUUCCUGCACACUUUUGGCGCGGUUAUUGGGAGGGAAGGGGGGUUUCGGCUCGCUGCUCAGGGGUUCCCAGUCGCAGAAGAAGACGACGAACUUUGACGCCUGCAGAGACAUGAACGGGCGGCGGCUGCGGCAUGUAAAUUCGGAGAAGAAGUUGGUCGAGUGGCAGGAGCAGGCAAAGGACAGGGAGCAGGAGAAGCUGGCCGCAGAGCAGGUGAAGAAAGACGAGCGGGAGCUGAAGCAGAAGGUGGAGAAGGACAACGCCCUGGCGCAGCUGCGGGAGCAGACGGAGGUCAUUCUUGACAAGGUUGAGGACGCAGUCAAAGACGCCAUGAGCUCCAAGGCGGCAGGCAAGCGCAAGGUGGAAGAACCGGAGAGCGUUUCGGUGGUCAAGCGGGUGCGUAUGUUUGGGAUCCUCGAGGAGGAGGACGAAGAGGAAAGCGGUGACGAAGAUGAGGGCCUGGAUAAGGAUGCUACUGUCGGUCCCUCUGGGGUGGCGACGGGGGACGCCGUCGGGCCCUCUCAUGCUACAUCGGAGGCGACUGCAGAGGAUGCCGCUAAGAGGGACGAGAAGACGGAUGUAAUUAGCGGAGAAACUGAAGCCGGGAGUGCGGGUGAUCAGGGGAAUGACACAAAUGCUGGGGCGGAUGUAGAGAAUGCGCAUCGCCCUGCUGUGGCAUCGAAUGAUGGGGAGGCCAAGGAGUACGGACGGCCAUUGGAUUUCAGCAUGUUCGAAUCGGCGCAGGAGAUGGAAGCGUUGGGGUUAGAAAGGCUCAAAGAGGAGCUGCAAGACAGGGGCCUCAAGUGCGGGGGCAGCUUGAGCGAAAGGGCGGCGAGGCUGUUCUUGCUGAAAAGCGUGCCGCUGGAGAAGCUUGACAAGAAGCUAUUCGCAAAAGCACCUUCAAGCAAGAAGGGCACGUAGAUUCGCUUGGAACCGGGGUGCAGAGCAUUUGGUUAGUGAGGAUGACAAUAAUAUACCUAGAGAGUAGAUUCCAAGGUCUUUGUAUGUACAUUGGAAAGUGUUGACGGUUUGCUUGGAUGCCAACCUUGCUGUAGAUUCAGUGCGUUUGCCUCUUUCGCAUAUUCAAUCUUAAAGAGAGACGGUUGCACUAGGCGGAGGCUGUCUGUGCAGUGCUGCAAAAAUGCGGGUAGGCCUAGCGGCCAUGGGUAACAUUGAGUCAUUCAGCUCAUUCUGAUCACGUUCUGUAGGAAUUCAUCAGAUUCGAAAUAGGCCCGUGGCAACCAUUUUAUGGCAUCCAAUAUUGUUGCAAAUUAAUAACCUGCACGUUUUGGCAUGUGGUGCCAUGAC